AUGGUUGAGCUCAUCAGCCCGCCUGAUUCCCGGGCGUUACUCCCUCCCCUGCUCGCCUGUCUUCCCACGGCCUUUGUCUCGCCACUCCCACCACCGGCACUGCUCCCCCUGCUGUCUCCGAUCCUUCGCCAACGCGUGCAGAUCCUCACCUCGGUCGCGACCUCCUCCACAGAAUCCUGGCUCCGACUCUUAUGCUGGGAUGCGGACAAGGCCGAGCACCUUCAGCGCAUCGUCGGGGGCACCGUCUUCGAGCCCCACCCGGUCUCUGGUGAGAUCGAACUCCCCGAUGACCUCCCCGUGAGCUACAAACGCGUCGACGACGAGACGCUCCGGGCGCUGCUCGUGGUCCCGGAAUACAGCCUAGCGGUGAUUUAUCUCUGGUGUUCAACCGACGAGCAAGGGGGCGGACCCGGCUGGCGGGUUGCGGAACUGCUUCCGCGCGAAGGGCCCGCUACAGACGAGAGCACUUGGGCCCCGUCAAUCGGGGAGGCAAAUGUCCAGGCUAGAGAGCAGCUCAUGGAAGAUGCGAUCAGCGCUGCUGAGCGCGAGGAACUCCAACCGCAGCCAGAGGGAAAGAAGGACGACGACGACGACGAUGACGAUUACUGGGCCCAGUAUGAUGCGACACCGGGGCGGACGCCUGGUCCAAAUCCCCCAGCGGCGGCGGGAUCAUCAACGCAACGGCCGUCCGGUCUGUCGGAGUCAUCGUACUUUUCGCAGUAUGCAGACGUCCAACCGGCCAUGGACAACCACGAUCCAACUGAGGAGCAGCCAGAGGUUGGACCGACCUCUUUGAAUGGGGACAUACUCGCCAAUCUCUUGCAGCGGAAGGUGGACGGAGCCAACUCGACGGAUAUGCCACGCACUAAUGGCUAUGCCUCGGGUAACAUGCCCAGCGACGCAGCAGCUCAGGCACUGAGCCACCCACGACCAGCGUCGAACUCGUCCAAAAGCUCUGAUGCCGUGGCCAGACUGGAGCAAGAAGCACAGAGCCAGUCCACGGGUGAGGUGGGCGUCAAGCAGCAUAUCAGCACCAGCAUCAAGAGCUUGUUCCGCCUGGCCAAGGCCACGGGCGUGUCCCGGGCAGAGUUCCAGGAGAUUGUGCAGACAGAAUUGGAGAUGUUGAGCCUAUCGGAGGAUGAUGAUUGA